GGCCGCGAGUUGCAGGCGGUCGGCGGCGGAGCGCUGGCUGUAACUUGACACCGGAGCGAGAGGCCGAGCGGAGAGAGGGAGCGAGAGCGGCGGCGGAGGAGAGGAGCCGAGCCCCAGGGAGCGGGAUGGUGACCACCUCGUUUCCCUCCCCUUAGCGGCGCUCCGCAGCAGCCGCCGCCGCAGCGCCGGGAACUUUCGCCUGCCUGUGGGGCCGGGGGCAGCCGGCGAUGGGGACGGGACGGGUUCCCUGAGCUCCCGGGAACUUUCCCCGCCGCGGGCAGCCGGAGCCGAGCAGGCGGAUGGAGGAUGCGCUUUCCCCGGCGGGCUGCGUGACCCGGCGGCGGCAAAGGGAAGGAUGAAGAAGAAGCAGCAGCCCGGCGGCGGGGACUGCCCGGCGCCCCGGCCCCCAGCGGCGGCGGCGGCGGGAGGGGGCCCGGGCCAGGGCGGGGGCUGGAAGAGGCGGCGGCCGCUCUCGCUGUUGCCCUUUCUCUCGCUACGCGACUACGGCUUCUGCAUGGCCGCCUUGCUGCUCUUCUGCCUGGGCUCCCUCUUCUACCAGCUCAACGGGGGGCCCCCGCACUUUCUGCUGGACCUGCGGCACUAUCUGGGAAAUUCCACUUAUUUGGAUGACCACGGACCACCCCCUCAAAAGGUACUUCCUUUCCCCAGCCAGGUGGUCUACAACAGAGUUGGAAAGUGUGGGAGUCGAACUGUGGUUUUGCUUUUGAGAAUUUUAUCAGAAAAACAUGGAUUCAACCUGGUUACAUCUGACAUCCAUAACAAAACAAGACUGACCAAAAAUGAACAGAUGGAAUUGAUUAAAAACAUAAGCACUGCUGAGCAGCCCUAUUUAUUCACUAGACAUGUUCAUUUCCUCAACUUCUCAAGGUUUGGAGGAGACCAGCCGGUGUACAUCAAUAUUAUUAGAGAUCCUGUCAAUCGAUUUUUAUCCAAUUAUUUUUUUCGACGUUUUGGAGACUGGAGAGGCGAACAGAAUCACAUGAUCCGUACUCCCAGCAUGAGACAGGAGGAAAGAUAUCUGGACAUUAAUGUAUGUAUCCUUGAAAACUACCCUGAAUGUUCCAAUCCCAGGUUAUUUUACAUCAUACCGUAUUUCUGUGGACAGCAUCCAAGAUGCAGGGAGCCUGGUGAAUGGGCUCUUGAACGAGCAAAGCUGAACGUUAAUGAAAAUUUUCUGCUUGUGGGCAUUCUGGAGGAGUUGGAGGAUGUGCUGCUUUUAUUAGAAAGAUUCUUACCUCAUUAUUUCAAGGAUGUGCUUAGCAUCUACAAAAACCCAGAACAUAGGAAACUUGGCAAUCUGACUGUGACAGUGAAAAAGACCGUCCCCUCUCCAGAAGCAAUACAGAUCCUCUACCAACGCAUGAGAUAUGAAUACGAGUUUUAUUACUAUGUCAAAGAACAGUUCCACCUGCUAAAGCGCAAGUUUGGACUGAAGUCUCAUAUCAGGAAACCACGUCCCAGACCUGAGUUCUUCAUUCCUUCUCCCCUGGAAACAGAGGAACCGAUGGACGAUGAGGAAGAUGAUGAAAAGUGGCUAGAGGAUAUCUAUAAAAGGUGAUGGAUGGAAGAACUAUCCUUUCUCUUCUGGUGAUCCCUCCAGCUUUCUUAAGAUUUUUUUUUAAUUAUUAUUAAAAGUCAUUCCUUAAGGAACUGAGUUAAUGCGCAGCAGCAUUUGAAACGGAACAAAAGAGACCAUUCCCACAUGCUGGGGCCAUCGGGAGGUACCUGGUUU